AUGAUCGAUAUUUGUUUUAUAAAGGCUGUAAUUGUAUGGUUAUCAGACUUUCCAGGAUGUCCAAUAGAGCCAACUGAUAGUUACUUUAGACUUGCAGACCCUGCCAUAUUUUCUCAAAUUCUUUCUGCGAUUAUUGGGGAAGAUAUCUCAACUAACUUUAUUUCCAACACAAUUGCAACACAUUUACAAUCAAAGGCCACCACCAAAAGAGUAACAACGAUGCAACAUUUACUUUCAAACUUAAACUUUGAUGAUUUGUUUCUUGAAAAAAAUUUAAACUGUAUAACUACAGCCUGUGAGCUACUAUACCAUAUUGGCACGCAUACUUCCAAAUUUGCAAGUUUAGGAAUUACAUCAUUGGGAUUUCUUCGAGAUUACGACAAGGAUGCCAUUGAUUCUUAUUUAGAAAGACUGGACCCCAAUUUGAUCCUAAUUCAAGAGCUAGAGUCUUUAAGGAUUCUUCUUGAAGAUGAAGCUCCCCUGUUCCAAUGUAUCGAGCUAGUAAAACAUUUGAAAGUAUCAAUGCAACAAGCUACUCCCAAGACGCAAGACUCAAAUGUAUCUUCAUAUAUAGAAGAAACUUAUAUCGAGUCUCUUCUCUGGGAGAACUCUUUAUUAGAAGAUUUAGUUUAUCAAAUAAUUUCAUGA